GAUGAUACAAAUUAUAUACUUUUUUAAUUUGGGGAUGGAGAAGCACGAUUCUGAAUCUUGGAAUUCUCGUAAACAAAACCAUCCAACGUAUAUGCGCCACAUAAUAGAUGCAAUGGGACUGUGGGUGGAGAAAUGCAGCUUCCUUUUUAUGAGUAAUUGUAAAAUUGGAAAAUCCAAUAAAUACCGGAAAAAAACAAAAUAUUUGAAUACAUAUCAAUCCGAUGCAAAAACGAAGUCAGUUUUCUAUUGAUUUAAUCUCUUCCGGAUUCUAAAAAAGCCAUUACUAAGAUGCAUUGUAACCGGCUCUUGAUGAAGUAUAUUCAAAUAGAUAUAUUGGUGAUCCUGAUAAGCCUAAAACAUGGAAAUGGAAACUACCUAGGUGCACGUGGUCGCGAAUAUCCUUCGCAAAGAAAUGCGAAUAAUAACAACGGAGUCAAAAGUGAAGAUUCGUCCAACGUAGUAAAUUCUGGCGGAGUGAGGGCGGUCGGGGAAGUGUUUGUACCAAAAACAUUUUCUCUUAACUCACAAGAGCCAACAUGCGAACAGCUUCGGGCAAUGUGGAUAUUUUCAAAAAGGCAAUCUCGAGCUGCUGAGAUAACAAAUGAAAUACCGACAUAUCGUGACCCCUUUACAUAUAAUGUUUGGGAUCCCCUUUAUUCAACUUCACGAGUUUUGGGAUCAAUUCGGAUGAGCGCAAGAGAAAGAGCACGAUCCCCUGUAUUUGGUCGUGUUGUGAGCCGAGAACCAAUUACGCCGCAACGUAUGACGUUUGAGCAGAGGCAGCGAUUUGUGGAUUUUGGAUCAAGUGGCAGUGGCGGCCCAAUCCAAGCUCGGAUAUAUGGGGCUGAAGGACGUCAGCAAAAUGCAGGCACACGUAGGUCAAGUAAAAAUCGAUACAUGGGAGUUCCCAACGGUACGGGUGCUAGUUUGAAUGGAAACCAAAACUCGGUUGCUGUACAGGGCAGCUUUCAGAAACUUAAAGAGCUCAUAUGGACGGAACGUGCUAAGGAAUUAACGCAGCAACGACGAGAUGAGGAGUUAGCUGCACGAGCAGCAGCGCUUAAAGAAAUUGCUAACGGUCAAAUCAUUCAGUCGUCUUACACGCCCCAACCCAUUAGUCCCUCUGAUUCUAUUCUAAUGGAUGAAAAUCGAAGUCCUGAAGGUGGCAGCUAUCAAUAUAGCGACCAUAAUCGCAUGUCAAUUUUAAGCGGGCAAAACCUUGAGAACAACAAAAAUAAUAAAAAUGAACAUGGGAAUCGAGUCCGAGCAACCACACGUCGUGUUGGUAAUUCUAACUUCGCUCUUUACAAUGGUAACGCUAGACAAGCGCACAAGGAAGCUGAAAGUAUGUUCUCUGGAAAUUAUGCUUCAGCUCAAUCAGGCCGCGGAUCCCGCAUUCAAAUACCUGCUACAGAGUUAUUUGCAAGUGACAGUGAUCAUUCUGUUAUUGGAAUUCCAAGGACUUACCCUAUUCGACCAUCCCACUUCAGAGAACGAAAUCGGUCCUUGCUAAAAGAGCAAACACCCAACGAGCACUUCCAACGUUUUAUAAGAGGAUUGAUGUCAUGGCCCUUGAAGGGGUCACCUACAGAACUACGAAAAGAUCAAAUAGACUCUAAUGGAAACCAUUUUAACCAAUUGGACAUACUCGGACUUCACUCCAAGCCUAGUUAUGUCAACUAUUUAGCUGACUUAGUGAAUGACAGUCAGUUAAAUUUCCUAACGCAACAAAUACCAAAACCUGAACAACUUGAUAACGAAUUCUCCGAAUACGUCAGCUAUUAGUUCCACUGAAAAUAGCUUCAACAGUUUUCUUUCGAACGUAACUUAAUUAACUAACUUUGCUUUACUUACAUGUAUGGAUUCUGCACAUUAUUAACAUAUAUAUUAUUUGAUUAUAUUUAAUUAAAGUUCCUUGUGUUUCGAAAAACUAGAAAGAAAAAAAAAAAAAAUACCUAUUAUUAUGCUUAAACAUAUACAAAAAUUUUGUAAUUGUAGCUUGUUAUAAUUACAUAAAUAUCAUUAAUUCACAAUUCUAGAUAUACCAACAAAUUGAUGUUAAAUUUAAUCACACUCUUAUUUCUUUACAUCAACAAAAAAAACCAUCUGAUAUGCAUAAGUAUGCAUACCUAAAUAUUUAUCAUGAAAAGUUUGCAUUUCAAACUAUAGUCAAUUUCAGAAAAGUUUAAAAGUAUAUGGCAAAAUUAUUGAUUUUUAAAAAUUGAGCGAAUUUAUAUUUUUGUUGUUUUCUUAUGUUCAUACAUUCAUAUGUACAUUUGUAUGCACAUACAUAUGUAUAUGAUUGAUGUGCGUGCAUAUUAACGAAUAAAUGUACAUACUUACUAUCUUGUAUACAAUAAUAUGACAACGUUUGGAAUUAACCAAAUACUUCCAACAAAAACAAUCAAAACUCAAAUAGCAUAGUUAUGAGUGUAUAAAGUCAGAGUCCAGGGCUUAUCAUAUCAUCCAGUUGCUUACAAUCAUAAACAUGUAUAGAGCCAAAAUAAAAUAGAACAUUAGUAACUCACACCAAAGUACCUACAUACAUGAGGAUUAUACAAAAAAAAGUUUACUAAUUAGUUGUGGAAAACAUAUCACGAUAUAUAAUAAAGAAAACUAGAUAACCUUUUUUGAAAAUUAUACGUACGUAUGUACUUAACUAUGUAUGUAUGUAUGUAUUAACAAUAUUUACAUAUUCAUGUAAGAAAAUGCGUUGACUUAAAAAAAACACUACAAUCAGCACUAUAACGUACCAUUUAAAAGUCUUGACAGGAAAAGAAGCAUGAUUAUGCGAAAAAAUAAUACCUAUCAGAUCCAAUUAUUCUUAUUAUGAUUCUAUAUUACUUGUUUUUUGGAAAACAUUCAUAUGUACAUACAUAUGACAAAUGACACAUGUGUACACUUAUUUAACAUAUCGGACUUUACAAAAAAUAUUCCCGCAAUUGGAAUAUGGAUAUUAUUCAAAUCGAUAUUAAGGCACAUAUACUACGUACAUAUGUAUGUACAUAUAUUUUGUACUAAAACUUGUAAAGAGUAAAAAAAUGCAAAAAUUUCAAACUAAAUAUUAAUAUAUACAUAUACGUUAUUUGGAGUACGUUACCCAAUUCAUUUUUGUUAUGGUAAAUAAAUGCUUGUACAUAACCACUUGUACUCAUAAAAAAUAUACCUAAGCAUGUCUUAUACAUACAUGCUUGUAUUGAAAUUGACAAUAAAUUAAAUUGUGAGUUCCGUGACAAUAAUGACAUAAUUUUAAUAUAUACUAUACAUAUAGAAGUCAUAGUAUACAUUUAUAAAUCAAAAUAAAUAUAUUUUUGAAUGUCAGCAAUAAAAUACGUAUUGCCCUUCAAAAAAGUUUAAUUGUCUACGCAUGGUUGCUGUUUUCAAAAUCAAAAUUAACCGAAUUAAUAAAUGUUUAAUUUAAGAAUGUAUUAAGAAGUUAUUUGUAAAAUAUAAUAAUGUAUAUGG